UCCCAACCAACAUGUCUAUCGACUUGGACUGGCAUAGGCUCGACUCAAGGCUAUCCUCGACUCUGGUGGAGCUACUCAACAGACAGCUUGCUAGCACUGGCAGACCGUCGUUCAUUGGCCCUGUCGAGGUCACGUCGCUCGACUUUGGGAGCACGGGCCCGGACGUCGAGCUCGUCGACCUGUGCGACAUCUAUCGCGAUUUUCUCGAGGACGACGAGGACGAUCAUGAUGCGGAGCCUGCGAUAGUGAAGGUCACGGAAGGCGCGCCUGAUGAUGAGGGGUUCGAAUGGGUGUCACGCAAGGUUGCGCGGUCCCAGAGCCUCGCAGAAGAGCUCACACCGCACACUUUGCUACCGCCGCACAUGCGGUACGGCCACGGCCCCGUUGCGGAUAUGUUCUCGUCUGUUCCAAAUUUACAUGGUGCACGCGGAGCGUGGGGCCCUGCACUGGGAGGAGGAUAUGGGGAGAUGCGGCCGCUGUUCCCGUACGCCUCUGGUUAUGCGUCGCCCCUCAUCCGUCAGCCGCUCUCGGUAUUGACACCGCGUACGUCGUUUGGGAGCGUGCUCAAUACAAAUUUUGGGCACGACGAUCUGUCAUCGUCGCCGCUGAAGGAUUCGCCUAAUGGGACAGACUCACGCCCACAUUCCCCAGAUCCGCCUGCCGAGACACCGCAAGAGGUUCCACCGCCGGCGCACCCGAACGUACAGCUGCAUCUACACGUUUCAUGGCAAUCGAACCUGCGCAUCACCUUCACGACAUCGCUACUCAUCAACUAUCCCUCGCCGAUGUUCAUGUCGCUGCCCAUCAAGCUGUCGGUGACCGGUCUUGUUUUCAAUGGCGAGAUCGUCGUCGCGUACGAGGGCGAGCGCAAGCGGAUACACAUCUGCGUCGUGGACGAUCUGGACCCGUACGGCCCUCUUGCUGGUGAGCGACACAAGCGUGGUACGCCUUCGUCGACAGGCACGCCGGCGGAACACGACGAAGACGCUGCGCAGUCGAGGCCUAGCAAACCGCUGCCCAUUGGCCAACGGCUGCUGCCGAGUAUCUUCAUCGAAAGCGAGAUUGGGCAGGCGGACAAGCAUGUUCUCAAGAACGUAACACGCGUGGAACGCUUCAUCCAGGACGUGAUUCGCAAAACCGUAGAGGAGGAGCUGGUGUUUCCGAACUUCCAUACUUUGGUUUUACCCGACCCUGCCUGAGUACGUACCUCUAUCGCU